AUGUCUAACAGUAAAUUUUUGGAUACCGCUGCCAAAACAAAUCUAACACCAAAUAAGAUUGCGACUGGAGCAGCUUUGUGUUUUGUAGCUGCGUAUGGCCUUCGUCGUUUCUAUCCAACUCUGUCACAGCUAGUUUACCAGCAGAAGUCGAAGACCAAAGCUGGCAGCAAGUUGAAUGGAGCUGAUAUUGGGAAUUCAGCAAAUGUAUCACCACUCCACAGUGGCAAAGAUCAGCCAGACAGAAAGAAUCCACACGUUGAUAAACAUUUUUACAGACAGUUGAGGUCCCUUAUAAAAAUAAUAAUACCAACAGUCUGGAGCAGAGAGUUUGCACUUCUUGUGUUGCACACGCUUAGUUUAGUUAUAAGAACAUUUUUAUCAAUAUAUGUUGCAAAGCUGGAUGGCAGUAUUGUCCAAACUAUUGUUCAACGAAAUGUCACACGUUUUGUAGUGCAGUUAUCUAAAUGGAUUCUUUUGGCAGUCCCAGCAACAUUCAUUAACAGUUUAAUUCGGUUUUUGGAGAGUAAACUUGCCCUAGUCUUUCGCACUCGUCUUGUCAAACAUGCAUACGAAAAGUAUUUUGAUAGCCAGACAUACUACCGUGUGAGUAAUCUGGAUGGGCGUUUAUCAAAUGCCGAUCAAUGUUUAACAGAAGAUAUCACUAUGUUUACCUCAUCUCUGGCCCAUCUGUACUCACAUUUAACAAAGCCAUUAUUAGAUGUGGCACUGAUGUCUUUCACACUGUACAGACUUGCCAGUAGUCGUGGUGCUAGUUCAAAGACCCCAACUCUGAUUGCGGCAGUUGUUAUACUUAUUACUGCCAAAAUCUUGCGUUCUGUCUCACCAAAGUUUGGAAAGCUUGUAGCAGAUGAGGCAAGCAAGAAAGGAUCUUUAAGAUUCAUGCAUUCAAGAAUAAUAACAAAUGCAGAAGAGAUUGCAUUCUACAAUGGCCAUAAGAUUGAGAAGUCUCUUCUCACUCGAUGCUAUGAGGCAUUGGUGACACAGAUGGACCUGAUUAUCUACAAGAGAUUGUGGUACAUCAUGCUGGAACAGUUUCUCAUGAAGUAUGUCUGGAGUGCCUCUGGUUUGGUUAUGGUGGCUGUGCCAAUUAUUACCGCCACUGGAAUAAGAGAAGAUGGAUCAAAUGUAGAAGACGAUGUUGAUGGUGGUGUCAGUGAAAGAACACGGUAUUUUACAAUGGCCCGUAAUCUCCUCAUCAGUUCAGCAGACGCCAUUGAAAGAAUGAUAUCUUCAUAUAAAGAGAUCACUGAGUUGGCAGGAUACACAUCACGAGUGUCCCAGAUGUUUGAAGUGUUUGAAGAUGUCCGGCAUGGCAGGUAUCACAGAGAAAUGGUCACCAAGGAGAAGUCCAACAAAGUCACCCAUGAAAGAAUCUCUGGACCUCUUGUUCAGAAAGGAGUUGUCAUUGACACACAGUCCACCAUUGUCAUUGAAGACCUGCCAAUCAUCACACCCAAUGGCGACAUAAUUGUUCAGUCAUUGUCCUUGAAAAUGGAACCUGGGAUGCAUCUGUUGAUAACUGGCCCUAAUGGCUGUGGGAAAUCUUCUUUGUUCCGCAUCUUGAAUGGUCUUUGGCCGGUUUAUGGAGGAAAACUGUAUAAACCUCCACCUUCAUCAAUGUUCUACAUACCUCAAAGACCUUACAUGUCGAUUGGAACAUUGCGGGACCAAGUUAUUUACCCUGACUGCAAGGAAGACAUGAAGAAGAAAGAAUUUACAGACGAUGACUUGAUGAACAUUUUAAAAAUUGUACACUUGGAUCACAUAGUCCACCGAGAAGGAGGUUGGGGAGCCGAAUGUGACUGGAAGGAUGUGCUGUCAGGUGGUGAGAAGCAGAGAAUGGGAAUGGCUCGCACUUUUUAUCACAAGCCGCAGUUUGCCCUCCUGGAUGAAUGUACCAGUGCUGUGUCCAUUGAUGUGGAGAGCAAGAUCUACUUGAGUCUCAAGGCUGCAGGCAUCACCUUGUUGACCAUCAGCCAUAGACCAACUUUAUGGAAGUUCCACACGCACCUGCUUCAGUUUGAUGGAGAAGGUGGGUGGAGAAUGGAGGAACUAGACACUAAUGUACGACUAACCCUGAAUGAAGAGAAAAACAAACUGGAGAACCAGCUGGCGGGAAUGCCCCGCAUGCAGGAGCGCCUCCGAGAGCUGUGUACUAUACUUGGAGAAGAUUCUGUCUUGCUAAAUCAUGACAUUGCAGCAAUUAGGAAACAGGAGGAUGAAAACAACAGUUCAUUUGAACUGGAAAGUUCUGAGUGA